AUGGUGCUACGGAAGGGCACUUCGAAUCUUGUACGAUUAAUCCGGGUAGACGACAAAACCGGUGAAGUGGUACGAUCAGAGUCCGGGCUCUGUGUGGCUUGCAAUCCAGGUGAGAGCGGAGCUAUGGUAUCUACAAUUACAAAGAACAACGCUUUGCUACAAUUUGAUGGUUAUCUGAAUAAAUCUGAGACGAAUAAGAAAAUCAUACGCUAUGUGCUUAGGAAAGGCGACAGUUGUUUUGUAUCAGGAGAUCUGUUCUACUGGGAUCGGCUGGGCUAUCUGCACUUCAAAGAUCGUACUGGCGAGAUUGUCAGCACUACUGAAGUCGAGGCUAUACUGCAUCCACAGAAAGGAGUGGCUGAUGCGACUGUCUAUGGAGUGACCGUACCUGGACGAGAAGGUCGGGCAGGAAUGGCAGCUCUGGUUCGAAAUCAUGAAGACAAUGCCACUGAUGAGGAGUUUAUUGAAAGAAUUGGCAGUCGAUUCAGAAAGUCUAGCCUCUUAUGCUCUAUCACCAGUUCAUUCGGAUUAUGUCCAGAUAUCGAAAAAACAGGUACCUUCAAACUGGUGAAGGUGAACCUCCAACGGCUUGGCUACAAAUUGAACUCGCCGAACAACAAGGUCUACAUCUACAAUGCCAAAUUACAAAGCUACGAACGUCUUCGCGAGCACGACAUCGAAGAACUCCAUCGUGGUACCUACCCGCUGUAA